CCGCCGUAAUGGGAAAGCUUGCGAUCGCCAUCCAUCUUCUGGUUGUUCUGUUCCUACCUUUUCCCGGAUUCAGUCAAUUCCUCGAUCCAUUAUGUGGAACUCGAGCUCAAUCAAAUACUGGAAUGCGGGUCAUUAACGGCCAGAUAGCACAAAACAAUUCGAGUCCCUGGAUGGUUUUUCUGAAGGCAACUGACGAUACAUUCGUGUGCGGCGGAACUUUAAUCACAAGUAGACUAGUACUAACUGCAGCGCAUUGCUUCAGUCCACAAAAGACAUUAUUCGCUCGCCUGGGAGAGUAUAAGCGAAGCUUUAAGGGUGGAUAUAAACCGGAGGUUAGGGUGGACGCAGCUUUUAGACAUCGCCUUUACAAUCCAAAUACGCAUGUCAACGACAUAGCCAUCCUUCGGCUGGCAUAUGCUGUAACUUACAGAGAAAACAUCAGGCCGAUCUGCAUUGUGUGGGAUCCUAGCUGGAGGAACUAUAUUGACAGUAUUCAGCUGCUAACCGGUACUGGAUGGGGUAAUACCGAGACGGGAAUGGAUAGCGAUGAGCUCAUGACACUGGACAUUCAGCGUCGUUCACCACAGGUGUGCAACAAAUACACCAACAACAACAUUGUGAGCAAUCAAUUUUGUGCGGGAAACUUAAAUAGUAAUCUGUGCAACGGCGAUUCCGGAGGUCCUCUGGGGGCAAUGAUCACAUAUCAAAACAAGCAGCGCUUCAUCCAGAUCGGUAUCGCCAGCUACACGAACCAAAGGUGCCAAUGGGCUUCUGUUUACACGGACGUGUUAGGACACAUCGACUUUAUCCUCCGGGUUUGGCGACUAUACGGCAAUGGUCAAAAAGUGACUUUGCCAACAAGAAAGACAACUACGACGACAAGACCACCAAUUAGGCUACCUACAAGGCCACCCAAUAGGGAACCUACAAGGCCACCGAUUGAGGUUGAUUAUGAUUAUGACACGUUCGAUAUGACGGAUCCUCAGAGAGAUGAUUCGACGAUGACUGAAUUUGUCAUUCCAGUUCAAUAUCCAGUUGAAUAUCCUGUUCAAUUUCAAGUUCAAUAUCCAGGUCAAUAUCAAUUUCAAUAUUUUUGGACCGGUUAAAAACACUGAUUCAAAAUGAAAUAUUAAAAAUAAAUACCUGACAAUCGAUUCAAAAUUUUAUAUUUCAUAUUUAAAUUACAUAUAAACUCAAAUU